AUGAGCGGUAGCCUAGGUGCCAGCUCGAGUUGCUUGAACGGCGAGAUUGAAGGGGCCCUCGUCAUUUGGCAGAUCAACCUGAAAGCUAGCAGAAUCCGUGCGAAAUAUCUUGUCAACCUUACCAAAAACAAGUACCCGAAUAGACCACCUCAUGUCAUUGCCAUUCAAGAUCCUCCAAAGGAACUUCCAUGGAUUUCCACCGGGAACUACAAACCGGUGUACCGAACAGCUCGAACGCUACGCGAGGAAGACCAUCCAUACAUACCGUGUAAGCCAACCAAGAAGGCCAAAUACGAGCAACGACAGCUUGUGGAUCUUGAUCCAGUGGCCUUCUUGGUGUUGGACACGAUUCCUGUCGGACAUUGGUAUCCAACUUUUCACGAGGACCUAGACGCCGACCCCCGGGACUUUCAGGACCGCCUCGACCGCCUCGACCCCCCGAUGCCGCGACACGAAGACGCUUUCGCUGUGACCUUGGCCCUUUCAACCUUGGCUGGUCCCAUAAACAUUCACAACGUUUACAAUCGCCAGACGAAAAUCAAUAUCGACAGGCUUUUGGCCACGUGCACCUUGGGCCAGGACAACCUCCUCCUCGGCGAUUUCAACCUACAUCACCCCCGCUGGUCCCGCAUACCCUUUGUCGGACCUAUAACCUCUGACGCUCGGAGUCUCUUUCACGGGACUGAACAGGCCGGCAUGGAAUGCAUCACUGAGCCUGGCGCCAUGACGUACAGCCGAGGUAGCGACAAGGAAAAACACACCUCUACCAUCGACCUGGCAUUUCUCAGCCAAAGGUUACUGCAUCGUUUUACAGAUUGGAGCAUCUUGGAAGGGGGUAACUUCGAUUCAGAUCAUCGAAUCAUUCAGACCACUCUACUCAUGGAGCCCGAUCGAACGUCCAGCGAUCGCUACCUCUGGGGCAAGGCUGACGUUGCCGGGUUUCGUGCUCAUGUAGAGCGUGAGCUGGCCAACUCGGGCUUGCUGGACACGGCACUUAUGAGCAAACCCGACAUCAAUGCUUAUUUCUCCAAGUUCAACGACAUCAUUCGACUCGCCAUCCCUUUGCAUGUUCCCCUCGCCAAGCAUCCCGUCAUCCGCCGCUCAGCCAAGCCGCCACCUUUGAGGGACAGGCAACAUCCAAAUUUUGAGCAACAGGCUUCGACUCGGCUGGGCACCGAUCUAGAUGCGGAGCACGACUUUGACUCUUUUUGCCGGCGCCUCGAACAGCAAACCAGGACGGAAAAGACGAAAAAGUGGCGGACCAUGCUUUCUGGCGAAGGCGACGACUCCCCAACUAUCCACAAGCGUGCCAAGAUAGGCGCCUUCUUGAGCAAACCUCGCGUCUCCGGUCAGAUACCCUUCCUCGUCGGCUCAGACAAGACCAAGUGCACAAGCCUCGAGGAGAAUGCCCAGUGCCUCCGGAAAUCAGUGUGGCCUAAUACCAGCCAAGGGCCCACAGCACCCCCUCUUCAACUUCCCGACCUCGACCCUCUACAACCCCAGCUCUUUGCCGACCAAGUUGUCUCUGAUGACGAUGUCAAAGCUGUCUUGUCAGGCCUCACCCGCGGUAAGGCUGCCGGGCCAGAUGGAGUUUCGCCAGACGCCCUGAAGAUGCUCUACUACCCUUUUGACGAUGUUAGUAUCCCUAUUAUAGGGUAG